UUCCGAAUGAUACAAUAAUAAGAAAAUUAUUUAUAAUUAAUUACAAAGAACUUAGUGCCAAUAGAAUCAGAUUCCUUUGUACUUUCGUUUAAUCAUCUAUCCUGUUAUUUAUCUCAGUUACAACAUGUGGGAUUUACUACGCGCAGAUGAAAUAUACAGCAUCAUGUUUUUUCUCUCAACUAAGGAUGUUCUUCGAUGUCUGCAAGUUUGCAAGCAAUGGAAGACAAUCCUAUCAGAACCUUUAUUUUGGAGGAAAUAUAUUAGGAAACAUUUUAACAUUAACAUUAUAACAGACACUGAAGAGCUUGAAGGACCCUUGUACCAGUGGGGUAGCUCUCAUUGGGCUUGUUAUUACCAAGAUCAAAAUGAUGCUUAUGUUAUUCGUCCUUUUCCAUCCACAUUGAAAUGUGGUGUUGUAGUACCUUUUGGUCUUAAUCUAAUGUCAUUUGAUACAAAACGAUUGAAAGGUUUAAGUCAAUCAUUGGAAAUAUUAACAUACAUGAGAGAGGGUGUAAAAAGAUUUGAGCUUAGCUGUGGUAAUGAAUGUAGUCCCAAUGAAGGUUGCAAUGACUUGUCAAUGGUACUUAUACCUUGGGAUGGUGAGAAACUACCCUCGAAGUCAACAGUAUUUGGAGAUAUAUUUCAUUUUCACCCAGAAAUACUUCAAGGAGUGUUGGAACGUGCUAAUGAGCCAGAUGAAACCAGUAAAGAAGAAAAGAUGUAUUUUCAUGCAGAUUCAGAGCACGACCGGGAACAAGAGAACGGGCCAUGCUUAAAUGGAAUAUUUGGUCGGUAUCAUGAUACGAAAGAAGGACAACUAGAGUUCUUCACAUGGCUACAAAAAACAAUGGUACCAAGCUGUACUUAUUUUGAAGGUGAUGGAAUUCUGAAUCCAAUUGUGGAAUUUUUUCUGACAACUCUUGCCCCUGGAUGGGUUGGUGGAGUUUUGACUGGCCAGUGCUGGACUUAGUCUUCAACCAUUUUGAUAUGAAUAGAUUAGUAUACACUGCGCAGCAUUACUAAAAACAGUUCAUGUAUAAGUAUGUUGUAUGCAGUGGCGUAGCCAGCAUCGAUAAUUGGGGGGGCCCAUAUUCAUAUAUUCAUGUUAAUAGACUGUAAAG